GCUAUGACAUAUAUUCAAUGGGCUGAUAAAUACAUUUGCACUUGAUAAUAAGGAUAUCUCCAUCUGGCAGAAGACUGCAGCAUCAUAUCUAAACCAUAAAGGGUGCAUCAUCUGAUGACAAUGGCCACAAUGAAUGCUUCUUUAACAAACUCAACUAGUUAUCUACCAACGUCUACUGGAUCAUCCCAUCGUCUCGGCAUUUCCAUACUAUCAGUCGCCUUCAUUAUCGGAUUUCCAGGCAAUGCGUUCGUCAUCUGGACAGUGUUGACCCGAAUGAAGAAACGUACCGUCACCUGCCUCCUCAUUUUACAUUUGGCCAUGGCGGACAUCAUGGUAAUCCUCACAGCGCCAUUCUUCCUCCAUCUCCUGGCCACGGGCAGCUGGACAUUUGGAAAUAUCAUCUGUAAGAUGUGUCAUUAUAUUAGCUGCCUGAGUAUGUAUGCCAGUAUCUUCCUCAUCGCUUUCAUGAGCUUGGACCGCUUUCUAGCUGUGGCCAUGCCAUUCACUUCUCAGAAGCUGAGGACAAAGGCAGUUGUCACGGGCAUAGUAACAGCAAUAUGGGUGAUAGCAUCUCUGUUGGCCAUUCCCAUGGUGUUUUACCGUUCUGUAAGACUCUUCUUUAUUCAUCAUCGUCACCUUCGGCUGUGCACACAAAAUCACAACCUGUAUAAGAAUCCGGCUAAGCACAUCAUUUUUCAGUAUAUGUUUGAGACAAUGAUGGGAUUUGUUAUCCCAUUCACAGUAAUAGUGUUCUGCUACAUCUACAUCGGAGUAAGGUUACGUACUGCAAAGUUUCAGACAAAACAUAAGACUAGCCGACUGGUCAUCAUGAUCAUAGUGACUUUUGCCCUUUUCUGGCUUCCUUAUCAAGUGGUGAAUGUGAUUCAAGUAUCAGGAGAACUGUACGCAUCAGGCAAGCUAAGAGAUGCAGCCAUUACAGCCAGACCUAAUGUCACAGCCCUUGCGUUUCUCAGCAGCAGCGCUAAUCCUAUUCUGUAUGUUUUUGCUGGUGGCAAUUUCAUAAGGACUGCUGGGAUGGGAUUCAUGGCCAAACUCUUUGAAGGAACUGGUUCUGAGACUUCCAGUUUCCGUAAAAUCUCACAAGUCUUCCGAAGUCAAAGAAGUCACACAGACUCUGUUGAACUGGAAAAGUGUGGAGAGCAUAGUAAAAUUUGUUCCACCAAUCAAAUAGAUUGAUAAUGAUGAGGUAAAUCUAUCUUAUUUUACAAGACUGUUCAACCUAUUUUUACAAGUACUGUAUAUGCUUUGAAAAAAUCAUGCAAUCCAUGCUACAGGGUGUCUGCUUCACUAUAAACAGGUACAGGCUCCAUUUGCUGGUAUAAGUAAAGCUACUGUAAAUGUAAUUUUGGGAACUAAGAGGCAGAUGUUUUAAACCUGGAGAAGUGAUAAAGUGGAAGGUGAUAAUGCAAAAGCCAAUCAGCUACUUACUGCCAAGUUACAGGCAUAAUGGGCCAGAUGUACUAAGCCUUGAAAAGUGAUAAAUUGCACAGUGAUAAAUUACCAACCAACCAGCUCCUGUCAUUUUUCAAACCCAGCUUGUAACAUGGCAGUUAGGAGCUGAUUGGCUGGUACUUUAUCACUGUGAAAUGUAUCACUUUUCAAGGCUUAGUACAUCUCCUCCUAGGUUUUUAAUGACAGGAGCUGACUGGCUGGUGUAUCAUCACCUUCCACUUUAUCACUUCUCCAGGCUUAAUACAUCUGCCCCUCAGGGGUCUCUUCAUGAGGCAGUGAAAAGACUAGAGAAGUGAGACAGUGGAGAAGUUGCACAUGGCAACCAAUCAGUAUUGAGGUAACAUUUAGAAAGUGCAUUCUAUAAAAUUAUACAUAGCAGCUGAUUGGUUGCCAUGGGCAAUUCUCCACUGGCAGACUUCUCCACACUUUUCACUGUUUCAUGAAUAGACCCCUAAGUAAGAAACUAAAUACAAUUGCAGAUCAUCCAUUAGAAGCUUUCUAUAAUUGGAACCCAUAGGGCACACAUACAUGUUUAAAUUAUUUUAAUCAUGUGAAUGAAAAUGAACUAUUUUCCAAAAUAUAUGUGAACAGAAAAAGCUUCUCUAAUUAAUGUUCUGCCAAAGUGGUGUAUUGGGUAUUACCUCCUGUAUUCCCUGCUGCUUACAUGUUUGUACAAAUUGCCGCCUCACUUUGAAAUGGUCAUGGGCAGUGGACCCAGAGGUAUGCUGAAC